AGAAAAUAGUGUAGUUGCAAAAUUAUACAUAGUUCUCUCAUUUCUGAUUAUUGCGAGCAAAUUUCUGCUUGUUUAUUGACAAAAGGUGUUCGAAUCGAAAUCGUCAACAUAACACACGUAGAACAUUGAUUGCUCAAACGAUUUGCAGUGACAGUUCAUAAACUCGCAAGGAAAGUGUAGUGAAAUGGCGUCCGAAUUAAGUAAAAUUCAAUAAAAAAGUCACGUCGAUCAGGCAGUUUGCGUCCGAAUAAUUUAUCGAAAGCGAACGUUUGGUGUUUCCUAAAACCGAUAAUGGCGAAUACGAAGGCGACGAGCAGCGCCCUGAGGGCUUUGGCCGUCGAAUACAAAAGCCUGCAAGAGGAGCCAGUCGAAGGUUUUUGCGUGAAACUCGUCAACGACGAUAAUCUUUUCGAAUGGGAAGUUGCUAUUUUCGGCCCGCCAGAUACCCUCUACAUGGGCGGCUGUUUCAAGGCAAGGAUGAAAUUCCCUCCGGAUUACCCUUACUCGCCACCUUCGAUUAGAUUUCUAACGAAAGUCUGGCACCCGAAUGUCUAUGAGAAUGGAGAUUUGUGUAUAAGCAUUCUUCAUCCGCCUGUAGAUGAUCCCCAAUCAGGAGAAUUACCUUGUGAACGUUGGAAUCCCACGCAGAACGUUCGUACAAUUUUGUUAUCUGUUAUUUCGCUUUUAAAUGAACCGAAUACUUUCAGUCCCGCUAAUGUCGACGCUUCUGUAAUGUACAGGCGUUGGAGAGAUUCCAAAGGCAAAGACAAGGAAUACGAAAACAUUAUAAGAAAGCAAGCUAUGGCUGCUCGAGCUGAAGCUGAACGGGACGGUUUGAAAGUGCCCCUGACCCUCGAAGAUUAUUGCAUUAAAACUCGAGUGAAGCCGAGCAAUUCCGAGCCAUCGGUAGAAAUGACAGAUUUCUAUGAUGAUGAUUAUGAUGAGGAGUACGAUGAUUUGUCCAACGGUUCCGAGUACGGAGAAGAGGACGAUAAUGACAGUGGAAACGGAGAAAUGUGAUGUCGUUAAAUCAAACAAUAAAAACGAACCUUCUCGAAUAUUGAAUUAUAUUUUUAUGAAAUCGUGUUUGAGUUAGCAAACCAUACGAAAUAGGCUUUUGUUUAUAAAUUGAAUAUAUAUUUUUUUUCUGUUUAGGUGCAUGUGUAUAGUCAUAAAAUGUGAAUGAUUGAUCGCCGGCUGUUUCGAAAAUAUUGUUUUAGUUCAAUUUUACAAUGAAAUAAUAAAUUUUAAGUUAAUCAUACUUUCGAUUAUAAAUUGCUGUUAGCGAGCGUAAAAAAUAGUUCGUGCUAAACUGAAAAGAAUUUUGUUUUUCGUUUGUAUACUGUGAAUUUUCCCUCGGUGUCAAUUGUAGUUCCUUAAAUUUAAAUUACGCGCUUUCUGUUGCUAUUUAAAAUUGUACGCUAUUCGAAAUGUUCUGUAGUAAUUUCAAAUUUUCGCGUUCUACCUUCUUAUAUGUAAUCAAUUUUAUUGAACAUUGAAUGAUUGGCUAAGUAUAUACGAAAUAUUUUAGAAACGAACGAUUCAAAUGUAUUGUUAAUAAGUAUUCAGUGAUUUACUACUUAACAGAACUUUUUACUUAAUAUUACUUGAUAGCUUUAUUAAAUGUAUAUUUCUAAGUAAAAUAAUCUGCUAAAUACUAAAUCAACGAACAUUGAAUAGGUUACUGUUCGAGAGCGAGUCGAAGGUUUUUCUUAGAGAUUCGAAAAAAUUAUAAUUAAGUUAAAAUUUUAAAUUAUUUGUAAACGGCAUCCAUUGAGCAAAUUGGUAUUCAAAAAUCAUUAGGAACACAACCAUUGUCCAAUAUUUUACAAAUCGAUUAAUUUCGCAAGAAAUUUAUCUCUGUAGUUUGAUGUGCAUAUGAAUGUUAUUAACUUCUUUUAGACGGUUUUUAAUGUAGACAAGAAUUAGAUGUUUCAUUGAAGGAUAUUACAUGCUAUUUGUUAAUUUUUAUUCUCUGAUCUCAUUCUAUUCAAGUUAACCUUUAAUUGGUGUUUGUGUAAUGUACGGUGUCUUCAAAGGAUAAUUUGAUUAUAGCUAUGUAUUCGAAGAAAAAUUUAUUAUUAUCAAGAAUAGUUUAAACUUAACUUUUAUGCAUAACAUCACAGUUAGAGUGGUAAAAAUGAUUAUGAAACCACAAAAGGCAACAUAGCUAUAAUUAACACUGUAUAUAUAUUUUAUUUCAAUUGUCCUGUAGAUUCCAGAUAAAAUCUGCGAUAAAUGUAUUAAUAUAAAUGUAUAUAUAGCGUACGUAAUGUAAUUGGAAUGGAAUGUCGAUAAAGUUAAUUUCACUUAGAAGAAUUUCAUUAUUACCCCUAUUUUGUAUGAAAUAGAAAGAGCUAUAGAAGUAAAGGUUUAAUCAAAUAAUUCCAAUGAUUAAUAUUAAAUCUGAACUAGAAUAACUAUAAUGAGACAAACAUAUUUAAUGAUGGUGUUCUGCAGCUUCCUUCCUACGUAUUUCCGCCCAUUUGGCUACAUUUUCAGGAGAGUUAGCUAGAAUUAAAAAUUAAAGAAAUUAAUUACAGUUAAUUUAUCUACGAUUAAUGUAAUACGUACCGAGGUUACUGAUAGAUUUGAAGACUGGCAUACAAAGUACCAAAGAAAUAGCGUAGUAUUUAAAAAUCCACUGGUUCUUCAAGUAGUGCCUCAAAGGAAAUUGCAUGACUUUGGCAGUAAAGGUGUACGGGUACUUCAUUGGUCUGGAAACCUUUGCGGCUGCUUUGUCGGCCAUUCUGAUCUUCCU